CCAUUACUUUUAUAAUCAGAACCCAAACUCCUAGUUGAGAGUCCCGUCCCUGCUCAGAACGGACUCGGCCGCCGCUUCUGAACGACCAUGCCCGCGACGCUGCUGAUGUGGGUGUCGGUGGUCGCAGCGUCCGCGCUCGCGGCGCCGGCCCCCGGAACACAGGCGCAGGGGCUGCAGGUGCCCAACGUAGUGCUCGUCGCCAGUGACUCCUUCGAUGGAAGACUAACGUUUAAACCAGGAAGUCAAGUGGUAAAACUUCCCUUCAUUAACUUCAUGAAAGCACAUGGCACCACCUUCCUGAAUGCCUACACAAACUCUCCUAUCUGCUGCCCAUCACGUGCAGCAAUGUGGAGUGGCCUCUUCACUCACUUAACAGAAUCUUGGAAUAAUUUCAAGGGUCUUGAUCCAAAUUAUACAACAUGGAUGGAUGUCAUGGAAGAGCAUGGCUAUCAGACACAAAAAUUUGGAAAACUGGACUAUACUUCAGGACACCAUUCCAUUAGUAAUCGUGUGGAAGCAUGGACAAGAGAUGUUGCAUUCUUGCUCAGACAAGAAGGCAGGCCUAUGGUUACUCUUAUCCCUGAUAAGAAUAGAAGGAGAGUGAUGGAAAAGGACUGGCAGACUACGGACAGAGCAGUCAAUUGGCUAAGACAGGAAGCAGUUAACUAUACCAAGCCAUUUGUCCUUUACUUGGGAUUGAAUUUACCUCACCCUUACCCUUCACCAUCUUCAGGAGAAAACUUUGGCGCCUCUACAUUUCACACAUCUCUUUAUUGGCUUGAAAAAGUAGAUUAUGAUGCCAUCAAAAUCCCAAAGUGGUUGACUUUGUCAGAAAUGCACCCUGUGGAUUAUUACUCCUCCUAUACAAAAAAUUGCACUGGGAAGUUUACUGAAGAGGAAAUUAAGAACAUUAGAGCAUUUUAUUAUGCUAUGUGUGCUGAGACAGAUGCCAUGCUAGGUGAAAUUAUUUUGGCUCUUCACAAGUUAGAUCUUCUUCAGAACACUAUUGUUAUAUAUACUUCAGACCAUGGAGAGAUGGCCAUGGAACACCGCCAGUUUUAUAAAAUGAGUAUGUAUGAAGCUAGUGCCCAUGUUCCUCUUUUGAUGAUGGGACCAGGAAUUAAGGCCAACCUACAAGUACCAAAUUUUGUUUCUCUUGUGGAUAUUUACCCUACUAUGCUUGACAUUGCUGCGAUUGCUGUGCCUCAGACCCUAAGUGGACACUCUUUGUUGACGCUGUCAUCAGAAGCAUCUACAAGUGAGCAGACAUUCCAAACCCACCGUCCACCUUGGAUUCUGAGUGAGUUCCAUGGAUGCAAUGCAAAUGCUUCCACCUACAUGCUCCGAACUGACCGCUGGAAGUACAUCGCCUACUCCGAUGGUGUGUCAGUGCAGCCUCAGCUCUUUGAUCUUUCCUCAGAUCCAGAUGAGCUAACAAACGUUGCUACAGAUUUUCCAGAAAUUACUCGUUCUUUGGACCAGAAGCUUCGUUCUGUUGUAAACUACCCUAAAGUGACUGCUUCUGUCCAUCAAUACAAUAGAGAGCAGUUUAUCUUGUGGAAACAAAGCGUAGGACAGAAUUACUCAAAUGUUAUUGCACACCUUAGGUGGCAUCAAGAUUGGCAAAAAGAGCCCAGGAAGUAUGAAAAAGCAAUCGAACAGUGGCUCACUGCCGACUCAGGAGCAGUAGACUGUUGGGGUACACUGUGUGAAAGGUGGAACUUCUGAGAGAGAGAUAGAGACAACAGAGAUAUGCUGGGAGAGGAAGGCAAACGCAGGGGAUUCACCAGUGGGCACGGAGGUUAGUGAACUGACUGCAGCAAAGCAGAGAGGUAGUACUAGCCGCAUGACCAGACAUAAUGCAGGAUAAGUCGGGUUAAGUGAGAAAGCUAUCUGGAGUCUGCCCAGCAAAAGGCCUAAGCAUUAAAGAAUAUUAAAAGAUUCCAUGUCAUCAUUUUACUGCCAGGAUGUCCAAGAGAGUUUGCUGUAAUAGACAAUAAUAAAACUUUCUCAUUAUCUACAUGAAUAUGUAGAUAAAUAUUAAACUGAAACAGCUUUAGCAAUUGCUAAUUUUACGUACUUUGAAAUAUGUACUGUAUCUUAAGUGCCAAUGAUUACAGAACUACGUAUUUUCAAAACUGGUUGUACUAAGAUUUUAUGGUUGCAGAUCUCUGACAGUUUAAUGACAGAAGUAUUUAAAGGAUAAAAGCAAGCAUUCUUGUUGUUUCCCUGGGUAAUGUAGAAUAUGAACUAUUUUUAACAACUGUUGGUUAUCACUUAUAAUGCUUCAUGAUUUAUUUGUUGCUGAUGUAACUCUUUGGAUGUAUUUAAUGUUAGAACCAUUUAAUGGGACUUAGACUGUGGGCAUAACUGCGUUUAUUUCUUUUGUUAAAAAAAAAAAAAAGAUUAAGGUAAAGCUUCAAAAGGCAGAACAUGACGCCUCCUUCCUUUCUCAGUCAGCUUCCUCUAAAGGGCAUAUGACCCCCUUGCUUAUAUCAUUUUGUGGACAAGCUGUAUAUUUGCCACCAACCAGAUGAAUAUAUUCUUUACUCACACAUGCAGGCACACCCACAAUUGAAGAUAUGCUGUACAGUGUUUCUUCGUGCAUAUUGUGAUUUGGCUGAGAAGUAAAAUUGCUGAGCAAAAAUCUAUAAAAUUCUGUAGAUUUUCCCGAGUUACUUCUAAAGCAGUUCUAGUAGUUGGCCUUCCCACCAGAAAUGCACGCCCACACCUCUCAGCCCAAUAAAUAGCACAUAAAACAAAGAUAUUUUAUCUUUAUUAGUUGCAAGUGCUGACAUUUUUUUCAUAGAUCUAGUAAGCACUAGACUUGGCAACAGGAUGACCUUUUCUAUGUCUAUUAUUGGCUAUUUUCUCUAUUGGUUGUUAGCCUUGUCUUUCUGUUAUAUACAUGCUUUAGACAUUAUUAGCCUUGUGAAAAAUAAGAGAGAAAAAAGGGCUAAAAAAAAAGGGUAGAGAUUGUUUAGUGGUUAAGAACACCUGCUACUCAACCCGAGAACUCAGAUUCAAUUACUGGCACCCACAUAGUGGCUCACAACUUGUCUGUAACACCAGUUCAGGGGAGCCAGUACCCUUUUCUGGCUUCUGGGGGCCCCAAGCAAACAUGUAUGUAAUGCCCAGACAUAAAUAUGGGCCAAACACCCAUGCACAGAAAAUUUUUAAAAGUACAAGAAGUACUAGUUUGUCUUUCGAUACUGACCUAGAAUUUUUUACAUCUAGAAAUUUGUAUUUUCUUGUAACAUAUUUGUAAAUCUUUGUACCAAAUAAAUAUUAUGAUUUUUAAAAUUAAAAUAUUCUUUAAAAUGAA